AUGCGAAAGGUCGAGUGUCCCUGGCCCGACUUUUUCGGUGGUUUAGAUGGGGGUCCUGUCCGUCAUCAGAUAUUCGAUGACCAUAAGAGUGAUGAAUGUCAAUAUGCGGGUCCUUUCUCUAGCGAAUCUGCUCUAGUGGCCUUUCUAGUUGGUAAUUACCGUGCUCUUAUUAGCCGAACCGACCGGCCGGAAUUUAAGGCUCUCUAUUACGAAAGACAUCUCGCUCGCGUUCUUCAUGGUAAUUGGCCGAUAUUGACGCAUGGGGACGUGCAACAGGAGAACAUCCUUGUCGUGGAAAAUACUGAUCACUCAGAGCCUGCAAGAGGGCGAUCAUUCGACAUCGUCCUUAUCGAUUGGGAAGCCUCAGGUUGGCUUCCUGACUACUGGGAAUUCUUUUAUGCUUGUUGGCCUCCUACGGAACGAUGGAUGAAUGACUGGUUUUCCCGACUCGAGGAGGUUCUCCCCGUUUUCCCUGCCCAGGCAGCGAUGAUGGAACAGCUUGACAACGAUAUUUGUUGCCCUUAUUGGUAA